AGGCGGGGUGGGCCCUGGAGCAGCGGCUCUCAGGCGCCCAGGGAGCUCACUCUCUCGGCACUCGCUCAGCUGGAGGAUUUCGGGCUGGCCGCGUCCUGCGGCUCAAGGAACAGCAGGAGUUUCCCCUUCACGCCCGGUCCCGCUCCGGCCCGGGGCUCCACACGCCACCGCCCCGACGGUGACAUGGGCGGCCCCCUAGUCCCGGAGGCGGGCAGCCGGCGCUGGGGGCCUGUGCUCCUCGCUCUCUUCCUGGCUGCUUCCCGAGAUCUGGUGGCAGCCUUCAAGGUCGCCACCCCAUAUUCCUUGUACGUGUGUCCCGAGGGGCAGAACGUCACCCUCACCUGCAGGAUCUUGGGGCCCAUGGCCAAAGGGCACGAUGUGACCUACUACAAGACGUGGUACCGCAGCUCCCGGGGCGAAGUACAGGUCUGCUCAGAGCGCCGGCCCAUCCGCAACCUCACAUUCCACGACCUUCACCUGCAUCACAGCGGCCACCAGGCCAACACCAGCCAGGACCUGGCCCAGCGCUACGGGCUGGAGUCAGUCUCUGACCACCAUGGGAACUUCUCCAUCACCAUGCGUAACCUGACCUCCGUGGACAGCGGCCUUUACUGCUGCCUGGUGGUGGAGGUCAGGCACCACCAUUCGGAGCAGAGGGUCCACGGUGCCAUGGAGCUGCAGGUGCAGAGAGAUAAAGAAGCAUCACCCCAGUGCAUCUUGUACCCACCUUCCCCCAGGGAGAGUGAAAGCAUCACAGCUGCUGCUGUGGCUACAGGCGCUUGUAUUGUGGGCAUCCUCUGCCUUCCCCUCAUUCUGCUCCUGGUCUACAAGCAAAGGCAGGUGGCCUCCAACCGCCGUGCCCAGGAGCUGGUGCGGAUGGACAGCAGCAGCCCUCAAGGAAUUGAAAACCCUGGCUUCGAGGUCUCUCCAUCUUCCCAUGGGAUGCCGGAGGCCAAACCCAGGCCUCCACUGUCCUACAUGGCUCAGCGGAUGCCUUCGGAGUCUGGGCGGCACCUGCUCUCUGAGCCCUGCACUCCUGUGUCUCCACCAGGCCCUGGGGAUGUCUUCUUCCCGACCCUUGACCCUGUGCCGGACUCUCCGACCUCUGAGGCCAUCUAGAUGAGCUGGGGCCUGUGGGCGAUUGUGGCUGGGCCUCAGGCAGUUGCAUUGGAGGCAAAGCUGGCCCUCCGAGUGGUCCCUUAGCCUUGGCCCUGGUUCUCUUCCUCCUGCUCUGAGCCCAGACUCUUUGAGAUACCUCUGAUGGCCAGAUCCUCAACUCCUCUGGGUGCUACAUGGCAGCAGGGAGAAGGAGUUGGAUCACUCAGCUCCUGUCUCAAGGAUGGUGGGAUGCCGGGAUCCCACCCCAGAGACUGAAAUUCACCAGCUACAAAUGCCAAAUGGCCUACAUCCCAGAAGCCCAAGAAUUUGCAGCUCUGUGGCAGCUUCCUUCCCUGGGAUGGGAACCUUGUGACCUGAUAACACAGAGGGGACAAGAUGGGCACUGGGCAGAACUCUCCCCUACCCAGUGCCAUCUUCCCAGGCAUGAGACUCAGGACAAGAUGUGGAAAGACUCCUCCCUACGGUGGUGGAGCCAGCUCCCUGAUCUCGCCUCUGCUCACCUGUCAGACUCCCUCUUUGUAACCAUGGGUCUCUGGGGCUGGGCCCGCCUGCCUCUGGGCCACGGGUGCCUUCUGCUACCAGCAGCCUCUCCCAGUAGCUGUCAAUGGGUUCAGCAAAUCUGGGCUCCUGUUCCCUGCCCGCUGGUCCUCAGAGUUCAUUGGCCAGGGUCCCUGAAACAGGAAAUGCACACAGCGGCAUGGUGGCCACUGUGGGCUAACUGGCAUCUUGGGCAAUGGAGGCCAGCCCAGAGGUUGCAAUACUGGCUGCAGAAGGGGCGGGGGAGCAGGUAGAGUCUGCUAAGAAGGUGAGUGGGGAGGCUCCACCUCCCGUCCUCCCUCCUCCCUCUGAGCACAGCGUGCUCAGUAUGGAAGGCGGCCACAUACUGUCUCGUCCCAACUGUGACACACUGGAGCGUGAAGAGGGAGUCGUAUUAAAAACGACAUGGGCAACACGUGCACACCCUGUGAACAACCGUCAGAGCUGGGUUUUAAUCUCUGCUCUGCUUCUAGGGAUGCCGAGGCCCAGGGAGCCCUCCUCCUCCGCCCCGCCCCCAGUCUUCAGUCGUCCCAUUUAAUCUGCCAAGCCUUCCAGCCUUUGCCACACCGUGGCCCCAUCAGGCGGGCGUGUAACACAGGAGGGUUUGUGGCAAUGUGCUCUGGAUCCUCUGCUCUGUCUCCUGCUUCUGGGCAUGUCCUGGAUUUGUUUUAUAUGCACAUAGAAGGGAAUCCUUUGUGGAAUUUUGAUUAAAGGGUUUAAAACAUGGA